UUCUGCCCCGAGUGCAAGUCGGUGCAGCCGGCCAGCAUGGAUGUCCAGUACUUUCAAGUCUUUGACAUGGACCAGCCCGUGUUUGACCUGGAUGUGGCGGCCCUGGAGCGGCAGUACAAGGGGCUACAGCGCCGCCUGCACCCCGACAAGUACGCCACCGCCUCCUCCCUGGAGCGCGAGUAUGCCGAGCAGCAGGCGGCGGCUGUCAACCAGGCGUACGACAUACUGAAGAGGCCGCUGCGGCGUGCCCACUACAUCCUCAACCAGCGCGGGUUUGGGGCGUGCGAGGGCAUGACCAUCAGCGACCCCGAGCUGCUCAUGUAUGUGAUGGAGGCGCGGGAGGAGGUGGAAAGCACGGCGCCGCAGGACAAGGCGCGGCUGCAGGGCCUGCUGGAUGCCAACCGCGGGCUGGAGGAGCGGUGCUUGCAGGAGCUGGUGGCGGCGUUUAGGGCGGGCGACAUGCAGCACGCCGCGGAGCUGACCACGCAGCUGCGCUACAUCUGCCGCAUCAAGGAGGCGAUUGUGGAGAAGAUG